CUCUAAUUUUACUCUUACUACUUACUUAUAUACUUUAAAGAGCACAUUACCACCUUGCCUGCCCAUUCACUGGCGCUCGGCUGGAGUGGUGUAGUGUGGUUCGGUAUUGUUUAUUUGUGCUCUGUGGUGGACACAACUUACAAAAAAAUCAUGGAUACUCCUCUCAUCAUUCUCGUUUUGGCCAUAUCUAUGGCCCCCAUAAUCUCCACCGAUGCGAAGACAGCAGCCCUGAAACGCCCAAAACGUGAACCCCCGAUUUACCGCCCCAUCAAACACUCCUACAGCCCCCCGCCCCGUCGCAAACCUCGCCCCAUCUACGGCCCGCCUCGCCCCGUCUACGGCCCUCCCAGCAAGCCUAAACCGGUUUACGGCCCACCUAAACCGGUUUACGGACCGCCUAAACCGGUUUAUGGGCCACCUAAACCGGUUUAUGGACCUCCGUCUUACAGUUACCACGCCCCUGCCCCUGCUCCUGCCCCUGCCCCUAGUUACGGCCCGCCUCCGUCGUCGUAUGGGGCCCCAGUUCAGUCAUACGGACCGCCGGAGCCAUCAUAUGGCCCCCCAGCGCCGUCGUAUGGUCCUCCAGCGCAGUCGUAUGGCCCUCCAGCGCCGUCGUAUGGCCCUCCAGCGCCGUCAUAUGGGCCCCCAGAACUUUCAUAUGGGCCCCCACCGGCGCCCUCGUAUGGACCCCCUCCAGCGCAGUCCUAUGGGCCCCCGGCCGGUCAUUACUCAGGGUAUGAGUCCCAGACAACGUCAUAUAGUCAUUCGUCGCCCAGUUAUGGCGUUCCAGAGGUGUAUCAACCGUCAUAUGACAUACCGCCGAAUUUUAACAGUCAUCCAUUGACAUAUGACACGUCGUCGGCAAGUUAUGGCACUCCCGGGGCUUUGAAUUCGUAUGGCGUGCCCGCGACGCAACAUGAAGCCCCCAUACAACACUAUGACUUCUCGUCAUACAGUCAUAGAACCGAGGAAGUCCCCAAUGAGGAGUUUCACGCGUCAUAUUCCGAUCCAUACAGUGCUGAUGGCAGCAGCAAUUAUGUCAAAUUUGAGGAAAGUACCAAAAAACUACACGCGCCAGAUCCCACAGUGUCAUAUGGCAAAAGUGAAACCACGACCAAAGUGCCAAACCAUAAUUAUGACGGGCCGGGAGUACAAGAUGACUCUCUUGUACAUUAUGUCAAUGACAGGAAAAAACAACUUCAAAAACUGAAAAAUUACUACAAGUUCAAAAACUCUGACUAUUCCACAAGUGACAUAGAAAUACAAAAGUCGCACUCUUAUGACUUCUAUGCCGGAAAAUCCAACGGUUUCGGCGAGAAACGGAACCAUUACAGGCAACACCACCACUAGAUAUUUAUUACCAUUUUUGUAAAUAUUUAUGCUACACAAUAUCUUACCAUAUUUAUUGUACUGAUACUACCAAAGAACGAAUAAAAUGUUUACCCGA